AUGACUAGUGUUGAUGAUGAAGGUUUGCCAACAAAGACCAAAGUCAGGAGUUUUCCUGCUAUGAGCCAGUCGUUCUUCUCUGAUGAUGAAUCACCAGCUACAGAUGAUGGUGAAUUUGAAGAACCAGAGAAGAAUAACGACGAUAAUAAUGUAAUCGAUGGCGACGAUGUGUUUGUUUAUGAUGAUCCCUCAGCUUCAACUACAAAAUCUACUAUCAGAUUAACUAAACCUGCUUCUAGUGGGAGAAAGACUAAAUCAAAGAGAAAUGCAGCAUCAGGAACUUUAAGUCAGCUUGCAGCAAAGGAUCAGAAUUUUCUUUAUGGUGGUAAUAAUGAUAUUCCUGCCGAUUUUAAUCCAGAUGUAGUUACCAGUAUGUUCAAAAGUCAUGAUUUUAGUUAUUUAAAAUUACGUCCUGAUCAUGCUUCGAGACCUAUUUGGAUUUCACCAAGUGAUGGUAGGAUUAUUUUAGAAAGUUUUUCUCCUUUAGCUGAACAAGCUCAAGAUUUCUUGGUUACUAUUGCAGAACCUGUUAGUAGACCUUCCCACAUUCACGAAUAUAGAAUUACAGCAUACUCAUUAUAUGCUGCAGUUUCCGUUGGUUUAGAAACUGAUGAUAUUCUAUCUGUUUUGGAUAGAUUAUCAAAGGUUCCAGUUGCUCCUUCUAUUGUUAAUUUCAUUAGAAGUGCGACAGUUUCGUAUGGUAAAGUGAAGUUGGUUAUUAAACAUAAUAGGUACUUCGUUGAAACAACACAAGCGGACAUUUUACAAAUGCUUUUAAAAGAUACAGUAAUUGGAAGAUUACGUAUUGAUACUGAUAAACAACAACAACAAGAACAGCAGCAGCAACAGCAACAGCAACAGAAAUCAAAAACAGAUGCAUCAAAAAAUGUUAACCCAAAUGAUGUUGAAGCUAUGUUCACUGCUGUUGUAGGUGGUGACAAUGAGCUUGAGGAAGAUGAAGAUGAUAUUGACGCUGUUCAUUCCUUUGAAAUUGCCAAUGAAUCUGUUGAAUUAGUGAAAAGAAGAUGUCAAGAAAUCGAUUAUCCAGUUUUGGAAGAAUAUGAUUUCAGAAACGAUCACAGAAAUCCAGAUUUGGAUAUUGAUUUAAAACCAUCAACACAGAUUAGACCUUAUCAAGAAAAAUCACUAAGUAAGAUGUUUGGUAAUGGUCGUGCAAGAAGUGGGAUUAUCGUCCUACCAUGUGGUGCAGGUAAGACAUUGGUAGGGAUCACUGCUGCAUGUACCAUUAAGAAAUCAGUUAUUGUUUUAUGUACCUCAUCAGUGAGUGUCAUGCAAUGGAGACAACAAUUUUUACAAUGGUGUACUCUUCAGCCAGAGAAUUGUGCAGUUUUCACAUCAGAUAACAAAGAAAUGUUUCAAACUGAAUCAGGUCUUGUUGUUUCUACAUAUUCUAUGGUUGCCAAUACCAGAAACAGAUCUCAUGAUUCCCAAAAGGUUAUGGAUUUUUUGACAGGUAGAGAAUGGGGUUUCAUUAUUUUGGAUGAAGUCCAUGUCGUUCCCGCUGCAAUGUUUCGUAGAGUUGUCACUGCUAUUGCUGCACAUGCAAAGCUGGGUCUUACAGCAACCUUAGUCAGAGAAGAUGAUAAAAUUAGUGAUUUAAAUUUCUUAAUUGGUCCAAAGUUAUAUGAAGCAAAUUGGAUGGAACUUUCUCAGAAAGGUCAUAUUGCAAAUGUUCAGUGUGCUGAAGUUUGGUGCCCAAUGACAGUAGAUUUCUAUCAAGAAUAUUUAAGAGAAAAUGCGAGAAAAAGAAUGCUGUUGUAUAUUAUGAAUCCAACAAAAUUCCAAGCUUGUCAGUUUUUGAUUCAGUAUCAUGAAAAGAGAGGUGAUAAGAUUAUUGUGUUUUCAGAUAAUGUGUAUGCUCUACAAGAGUAUGCUCUGAAAUUGGGUAAACCAUUUAUUUAUGGUUCUACUCCACAACAAGAACGUAUGAACAUUUUACAAAAUUUCCAAUAUAAUGAUCAAAUCAAUACAAUUUUUCUUUCAAAAGUUGGUGAUACUUCCAUUGAUUUACCGGAAGCUACCUGUUUGAUUCAAAUAUCUUCACAUUACGGUUCCCGUCGUCAAGAAGCCCAAAGAUUGGGUAGAAUUUUAAGGGCUAAGAGACGUAAUGAUGAAGGUUUUAAUGCAUUUUUCUACUCAUUAGUUUCUAAAGAUACCCAAGAAAUGUAUUAUUCAACGAAGAGACAAGCAUUUUUGGUUGAUCAAGGUUAUGCUUUUAAAGUCAUUACACAUUUGCAUGGUAUGGAAUUAUUACCAAAUUUAGCAUACGCCUCAGGAAGAGAACGUAGAGAACUAUUACAAGAAGUCUUAUUGAAAAAUGAAGAAGCCGCUGGUAUUGAAAUUGGUGACGAUGCUGAGAAUACCAUCGGUCGUGGAGGUAACGCUCAUAAAAGAUUCAAAUCGAAGGCUGUUAGAGGUGAAGGUUCUUUGGCAGGUCUUGCUGGUGGUGAAGACAUGGCAUAUAUGGAAUACAGUACGAAUAAGAACAAAGAGUUGAAAGAACAUCAUCCACUUAUUCGUAAAAUGUAUUAUAAAAAUCCUAAAAAAUAA